AUGCAGACCCGUGAAGCCGCCCUCGUCAGGGAGGUCCGCGCACUCGACCAGGGAGAUGUUGAGACGGUACCGGAAAAGCUCGAACGAAUCUGGGAUAUUCUCGAUGACUACCAUGGAGGUAGCUUUCACGCAGCCGAGGAGAUGUUGCUGCGAUGGCUCUUGAAAAGCAUGACCGGCUCGUCACCGAACGCCGAGCGAGUCCGACGAUACCCGCGGGCCUGGGACAUUGUUGGCACGGUGUUUGCCUUGAUUCCUCUAUUCUCCUUGGCCAAGUCGCUGGCGGACCGCCGCUUUGUUGGUAUCCUGCAGCAGACACUCAAGGAGAUUGCAGCGCCGCAGCAGGAGGGAACCGAGGCGAAUGGGCCUGAUUCGGACGUUGAGAUGGCGGACGCCCCGGCUCCCGAGAGCACUGCCAAUUUCCGGAAGCGAAAACGAGCCGAUACUGCCAGCUUUGAUGUUACAAUUCAGAAACAAGCGGUCGGCUGCCUACAGACUGCCGAAGCCGUCUUCGAGGCCAUUCGGAUCCUCCUCUUUCGGUGCGACGUCAGGUCUCUGGACGAAUCAGCUAUCCACCGGAUGGGGGCCGAGCAUGUCAAGACGCUUUUCUCGUCGUCUGCAACUGAAGCCAUGGGGAUCCUGGUUCCAUGGAUCACCGUUUGCGGGCUUGCUCUGGAUCGGCCCAAGGCUGGGCUACUCAAGGAGCAGUGGUCGUGGCUGUCCAUCUUCGCGGCUUUGUGGGAGCUCCAUCUCCAGAGUGCGACCGAUGCGUUCGAGGUCGCAACUCACUUGUCUGGCUUAGCUACUCGCGUACUCGGUAGGCUCACCGGAUUCUCAAGGCAGAUGGCACGUGGCGUCGACACAACCGUCCAGGAGCGGUGGGCGCGUGACCUGAGUCGUUUCUUAGCGCGCAACAUGAUUCUGCCGGCUAGAGCAGCCUUUUUGACAAAGGGAAGCCAGGAAGUCGUGCAAACUGCCGUUACCAUGUCCAGUGCCUAUGCGCAUAUCACGUUUCCUGUCCUGUUUGAUCUCGUCACCAGAUCACCUCUCGAGUUCGGUGGCAAGGCGUCCAAGAAAGAUUACGAGACGUGGGUACAGGUCUCUUUUGACGCCAUCCUGCAUGCCACGAAGAAUGUCAACCGUGAGAACGGUUUGGCAGCGGUCAGGAUGAUCAUGGAAAUGGCGGCCGAGCGUGACACGCCCCUGUCGGUCUCCAGUCUCCGUGCCGUGUGCAUGGACUACGCCCUCAGGAAGGACACUUAUGAGUGGAGUCUACUCCUCUCCAUCAUCAAGCUUAAUCCCGAUGUCUUCCUCGUCUCUGAUGAGGGGAAGCAGCUCCUCGAACGUGUCCUGGAGAAAACUAGAGAGCAGGGUGCCCUUGAUACGGAAGACUCAGAAAGAGCCGCGCAAUUCAUCGUCUUGCUUGCAGGCGGGUAUGCCCAAGCUCAUGAGUUGUCUAACUUUGUCAGGGUCUGGCUCAAGAAUCUUGCUCCUUCCAAGUCCAAGGAAGGGCUUCAACCGCUGUGGGCACGGAAAGAACUGGCCAAUGCGGUCGCCGGGCUAAUCCAGUCUUCUCUAAAUACUACGCAGCUCGUGGGAGUGCUAGAAUGGCUCGCAUCCCAGACAGCAGCAACGGAGAGCAUGGCUAGGAUCCACAUUCUUGAAGCCAUAUCGAGCGGCAUCUCCCAAGAAGACUUCAUCGACGUUGCGAAUAUGAAGAUAUUCGACGGCGUCUUCCUGGAGAGAUAUUCCAAAAAGGAGUCCCCAGCUAUUGCUGCGUGUCGAUGGCUGGUGGCCUCAAAGACAAUCGCCAGGGGCACACUCGAGGAAGCUGGCCGUGUUUGGCCGCAGAUCAGCUCCGACAUCAAGGACAUUCUUGAACGCUCUCCGCUGUACCGUGAAGAUACAUUUGCUGCUUUCAGAUGCUGCGUGUCAGUCUGGCUUGCAAACUAUCCCGGCGGUGCCCAUGAGAGCGAAGCAGCUGCCCUGGUGUGCUCUUUCAUGAACAAGCUCCAGGCGGAUCAGGAGCCGACGAUGAAUCUGCAUUCUCCGGAGAGAGGAAAUUCCAUCAACAGGAGAACCUAUGUGUAUUGGGUUCUCUCUGACGCGCCUCGAUUACUAAGUCUGUAUAUGGAGAGGGAUACGGACGGGCAACUUCCCAGCGCGAUACCCUUCUUUCCCAGUAUAUCUUCCGGGACUGAGCCUGGGACAUGCCUUGAUCAUGAUUUAGAAGUCUCUCGUCUGUUACUGGAACGCGAGAGCAAUGUCAACAACCAGAAACUUAUGGACCGGUUGAUCGCGAUAAUGAUCUCGUGGAUGGACGCCGAAAUCGCCGUCCAGUUUCUCCUCGACACGCCAAUCGAGACACUGUCUAGAUCUCAGCGAGAGACCGCCAUGAGCUCAAUAGUCUCAGAUCUAGCUGGCGGCAAAAAGUCACGGGCUAUCGGGGUAGAGCACUUGGGUUCGGUGCUCAGCCUCAUGGUCAAGCUGAUGUCAAGACCGACUUUCUACGAGGGCAUGAGCUUCUCCCACCUCGAGUCGAUAGGGCAAUACCUUUUGAAGAUACAUAAACGCUCGCACCGCCGUUCCGCGGAAGGGUUGGCGACGGAUGUAGUGUCAAAAGACCGACGCAACUUCAAACUACUGCAGCAGCUGGCGAACCUUACCAUACGCCAAAUGACAAGUGGUAGUUUUGAGGAACGUGAGAGGGCAUAUCUGAAGGGUGCCAUCUCGGUGCUCCAAAGCCCAUGCGAGGAAUCGGACGCGGCGCUGCGAAUUGUCCUGCUGCAUGCUUUUAUCUCCACCGUGCGGGCCUCAAAUGCCGUCAAGAAGCUGGAGGAGGACGGCUUGGACUUCUCCAAACUCCAGGACCACCUCAUUCAAAUAUCCCUGCCGGCUGUCACAACCAAAAAGCGAAAGGGGAGGAAGCUUCUCACACUCAUCAUAGCUCUUGAGGCGCUGGGCGACCUUGAUCAUGGCGUCGUGAGGCAAGCACUUUCUGGCACUGUCCCUUCCUUGCUCGAGGCAAGUGACUCGCUGCUUGGAAGCGGUGUCAUGGUCGGCUGGGAGGUUCGCAUGUUCUUGGCGAAUCACUUCCCUGAAGUUCUUGUGUCACCGCUGGAGGUCAAGAUGCCUCUGGAGGUCUCGGCAAGUGCGGAUGAGGCUGAGGAUGAAGAAGCAGAGCGUGGCGAGCCCGCUGCAAUGCUAGACAAGACAGCUUUGUUGCGGUAUGUCGAUGCGGUAACGAGGACUGCCGACGAAGACACGAAGCUUGGCUACCUCAAGGAACUGUUGCUCCAACACAGCGAGACCCAUGACACGCUCCGUUCCAAGCUGGUUGUGUUCCGCUUGAUCCAGCACCUAAAGGGCCUCCAACCAUCCGACUCCCCCGAGCAUUUCGGCCCAGCUCAAGCCCACAGCACGCUCUGCCAUCACCUUGUGCAGACAACAGAUCCGGCCAUCUUCCUCCUCACCGCGAAGGCUGUUCGCCUUCUGCUUGACCAAAACCCGGCGUGUAUGACACAGUGGAACAUCGAACUCACCCUCAGCAGCGUCUCGACCAUCUCCGCGCAGAGUUCUACCCAGUCGCUGAUCCCCGAGACACCAGGCAUCUACCCGGCUCUCUGUCGUCUCGUCGAGAUUGUCAUCAAGCGUCACAGGAAGCGUCUCGAUGGCCAUUUUCACAUCCUUAUCGUCGCCCUGCAGUCCCUCCUCCGCUUGCUGGUAUCAGUGUCUCACAAUUCCACCGGUAGCAGCACCAGCGGCACCAGCGGCACCAGCAGCACCAGCAACGAAGUAAUUCGUCACUCUUCCCUCUGGGAAAAGCACGCAAAGCUCUUCGCCCGCUUGCUCACGCUCAUCUGCGAGCCCACGGUUGCGUCCGUAUCCCGCUCUCAGACGAGUGGACUCGACUCGGAAAAGGACAAGGCGAAGCGCUACGCCGGCCAGUACAUGUACCUGGUACUCAUGCAGUACGUCAAACUACAGCUCGAGUACAUCGUGCCACACGGGGUGCGCGAGGCGCUCGAACCGGGUGUCUACUCCAUCAUGGACAUCACCACGCAAGACGGGAUGAAGAUCAUGAAUGACGGAAUGGAUCCUAGCGGACGGGUUAUUUUUAAGGAGAUGUACAAACAAUACCAACGGUUCGGGAAGUGGACUGGCGUCUGA